UCCUUUAAAAUAAGACGUAUGUUUUCGAAACCGGAAGUUAAACUGCUACCCAAGUAAAGCUAACAUCUUUGACUUAUACCGUUUACUUAAGUAGAAAACAUGCUGUCCAUAUUUAAGUCCAUUCCUACGCAUAUGGAUUAUAAAGGCCAGAAGCUUGCAGAACAAAUCUUCCAAGGGAUUAUUCUCAUCUCAGCGGUGAUUGGAUUUGUGUACGGUCUGAUCGUUGAGCAGUUCGGGUGGACAGUGUACAUCGUUUUAGGUGGCUUUGCUGUGUCCUGCUUGUUGACUCUGCCUCCAUGGCCCAUGUACAGGAAGAAUCCGCUGCCCUGGCAACCAGUUGUGCCUGAAACCAGUGCAGAGUCCAACCAAAAGCCUCCAGAAAACAUCCAGAAGAAGAAAAAGCACAAGUAGAUGAACAGCUACCACGUUUGGAUCACUUUUUGCAUAUGCUGUUACGUAGACAUGUUUUCUGCAUUACAAAAUUGUGGAAAGAAAGCUUUGAUUUGUUCACCGGUCACGUCCAAACUCUUUUCUUUAAUUAAAACAUCAAAUGAAUUUCAA